AUGAGUGCUGUCGAAAAUGUGAACCACUCAUCAGGCGCUACAUCUCUUGAGCUGACAGAACCCGCCAGCAAUCCUUCGCUGGACGGUCAGGAUUUGGGAUCUGAGCUUCCUAUUGGAAUGGAAGUAGAACCUCCAUCGUUGGCAAUUCAAAUACCAGCUCGAACGGCCUUGACGGCCUUCAACACGGGUGAGAAAGGAAAGGGGAAAGAUGUGGGGUACCACGAAACAGACAAGAAUUCUGGCUUACCCCCGUACUUUAAAAAGCCACUUAAACGUAGGUCACAUGGAGAAAUCAUUUUACAUCAUCGCUCCAAGUCGGUUCCUCGAGUUCGGCCCCCACCAGUCGACCUUCUCAAUUACAUCCCUACCAAGGUGCUCCAGGCUCCGUCGACCUUACCACCGUCCGCCAGCGGACCCAUUCGAACUGCCAGUUCUCCUGAAUGGACUACAGCAAUGGGUGAGACGAGGAGACACCGCCGCUCAAGGAGUUUGACGUUGCUACCCAGCCCUUUACUUGCUUUUGCGGCUCUUCCACCCGUCGCAGCAACACCUGAGGAUGUUCCUGCCCCGCCUGGCAUUCCGUCAUCACCCAGGCCGACUCCUAGGAGCUUGCCCAUCGCAGAAUUGCCAACUAAUGAAGACAAUCCUCUCCAAGAGAUCCAAGAACCCAUGGGCUUGUGUGCUAUGGUUCUCAAAGGUGUAGAUGAUCUCAUUUCUAGAAAGAAGCGCGAUCCCUAUGCAACAACGAUGAUUACAUUUGCUAAUCCCGAGAGGAGUCAAUACCCUAGCCAGGUCUGGGCCCUUCUACCGGAUCGUCGCCGUAGAACUUUUCAAAGGGUUCUAAAAAGUAUCCCUCAGCGCUCUCGGAGGGUAUGUGAACGAUAUCAAGAAGGCAUAUUUUCCAACCCCAAACACUGCCGCGAAUGCCUUGGAGAUACUCUUUGCAAAAAUCUUCUGGUAGUGCGUGCUAAACGUAGACGUUUGGAGAAUCUCUUCGACCGGCGUCGGCCCCCCAGUUCCCCUCAUUGCCAUGAAUGUGCCCUCUAUGGUAGGGCUUGCAGAAACGAGCGGCCAACGCCACAAGUCGAUUUAUAUGCCAUGAACGUCGAUUUGAGUGACUCUUUGCUCUUUAGCCGAGGAGAUGAAGAAUAUCUUUUGAAGAGCCCUGUACUCCGGGAUUCUGAUAGCUUCGACGAUGACGCCGACUCUAGUGGUGCGGACAGCCCGAUCAUUCGUGAUCUAGACGAGUUUGAUGAAGAUGGAUAUGCCGGUGAUGAAGAUGAGCCCAUGGACAAUGAAAACGUCGACGAUGAUAUGGAAGUGGCUGCGCUAGACGUCGUAUAA